AUGGACAAUGAUUCGGAAGACUACAUGAUGAUUGUGAACAAUCUGGAGAAAACUUAUGGACCUGUCAAAGUCAGAGAUACUGCGAGAAUAUAUUUGCUGUUGAAGCGAGUGCUUGCCAUCCUUGGAAGAGAUGAAGAAGCUGCCAAACAAAGUUUUGCUUUGGUGUGGUACAAGGAGCUCAAAACUUAUGCGACACUUGCACAAGAGAUUCUUGUAGGCGCUGAAGUCCCAACCUAUGUCAUCGAUCCAGAUGAAAAGGUUGUGGAAUUGGAAGGAGAGGCCAUCAAUGUUCUUAAAGCUCUUAAAUAUGUUGGUGGACACUUGAGAAAUUUUUUGGUGGAUCAUAGUGUUCUUCCUUUAUUUGAGAAGAAUAUGAUGCUGAACCCGACUACUCAAGCAGGAUCUGAUGGUAGUGAAUACUCUGAUCUUUCGGUAAAGCAGGAUGCACUUUUUGCUGAUCUCGAAAGGAAUGAGGACCCUGUAUCCUAUUUGUCUGGGUGGCCAUAUAAUGGACAAGCGGCUGGACUUCCAAGAAUAUCUUCUUUGGAGGUUGGACCUAUCAAUCCUCAGGUAGCACAAACAACGCAAGUUCCUCUCAUGUAUGCCCAUGGCAUUAUUGGAGUAGAUGGAUCAAAUAUCGCAUACAUCCGUCGGUAUAGUGGUGCUAUUGUGACUGUGCAAGAAAGCCCAGGUUUACCAGAUGAAAUAACCAUUCAGAUUAAGGGGACACCAUCAGAGGUUGAGGUUGCUCAGCAACUUAUUCAGGAAUGUGUUAGCAAGCUGGACGAAGAUCUCCUCAGGAGCUAA